CGACUAAGUGAUGACGUCAUGAUCGCUAGGCUGCAUGAUGUGUUUUGGUUACAGCUCAUUGUUUCAGCAUCAGUUGUUGACACAAGACGUGAUUUUCGCUGAGCGAAGAUUUUCUGAAAUAUUUGAUAGCAAACAGUCGAUACAGCUACAGAAAUGAACAGUCAGAGCUAUAAGAGGAAGAGAGUGGAUGUUCAGUAUCCCGAUCCGGAAGCUGCCUCACGUAUUUACGGGAGGGUGGGAGUGGACAUCUUGACCACGCCCACCACUUCCGGGAGAGAUGUGGAGGUUGAGCCACCAAGAAAGCGUUACAUUCACGCUACCAAUCACGCAGUGUUUCACAACACAGGAACCACUCGUACAGCUGGCAGAGUGGUUACACAUGGAGUGGCAAAACCUCUAUUGAGCAAUGAACAAAUACAACAAUUCAUAUCCUCAACAGUUCUUCCUUCUGGUCGCUCAGUCAGCAGAACUGAGGCAGUUGAUCGUAAUGCCAUCAAUUGUACUAUGUAUCCAACUCAACAAGGGACAAGGGUACAACUACAGACUGAACCUGCAAAUGUGCAGCCACAAUUGACCUUGAAUGAGCGGAGAUCUGGACAGAUCCUACCAUGGGUGUCCAUCCAGCAACAAACUCAGGAGAACGUACUGCAAAGGCAAACAGAAUACUGUGUACAACAGUUAGCCAUCAACAGUCAGGGACACAUUCAUCCCUCAGCUCGUAAUGCUUUUGCUAUUCAUGUCCUUAACCCGACUUUGACACAGACAGAGUUGCAACAGCCAAUCUCUGCUAAUGAACUGAAUUUACUUAGAAAUGCUGAGGUUCAAGGCGAUACUCCAACUAUUUUGACAAACGAAUGGUUUAACAGAAAGAUACUACAAGUUCCUAGCAACAAUAUUGGUGUACCAGUUACAGGAGUGUAUGACCAGACCCUUAUUCAACCAACCCAACUGAUCCAUGGAGUCAGUAGUAACUGUUUCUACAAUGAUGCAUACUCAACUGUAAUAACACCCAAACCUCAUGUGAAAACAAUUGGACUAUCAGCUGACUAUCCCCAGAGGUCUACUGCUGGUCAUUUUGAAUCAUGGAGUCUGAACCCACAGAGUGUUCCUACAUUUGUUGCCCCAGUGGAGGCACAGACAAAGACCAAGACCAAAAAGUCAAAGAAAAAGACUACUACAAAUAUUACAUCAAAUAGCUCAAGGGCUAAAGGGAGUAGAAAUUUUGCUAAAAUGGAUGUGAGUUCAAUGCAGCAGACCACUGCGAAACAAAUGGAAGCAACACUGCACCAGACUCAGAGUCCGAAAUCUGCCUCAACUUCUGUAACUCAAAAAGGUGGCAAGAAACGCAUUGUUGUUCCACCAAAGGUUCAGACAGACCCAGUGGAAUAUCCUCCAUAUGUUGCCAGAAUUAUGAGGAUCCUGAACAGGCCAAAACAGGGUCAGGUUGAAUCUACUGGUGAUGAAAGGGAAAGUGUUGAUUCCUCACCAAAACAAAUGACAACUGCUGGUAAAAAUAAUGACAGAACCGACUCUACUCAUAAACAGGCUACUAAUGCUGAUAUAAAGACAAUGGACAAUGUGGAAUCAAAUCAGAGGUCACCACAGAGUGUUGUAUUAAAACCUUCAGAGCCACCAAACCAGUCUGCACUGGAACAAAAGCACAAGUCCUUGUCUGGUAACACUGUCGAGAAUGUCACUGAGAAAUGUAGCCAAAUGAAAUCUGGAUCCAAACAAGAACCAAUGUUUAUUAGAAAGACACUCCCAGAGGACUAUAGGCCUGUAGUCAAUACAGACCUGUUACUUGAUAACUUGUCACCUGACAGUUUUUCUCUGUUAGAAGCAGACAGUUUCUAUGGACCAGAGAUUCUUGUCACUUCUGGCUGUCACUGCUUUAUGGCCUCUGUGCCUUUCUUCUAAUUUUGGACUUCUGAAUAUUCGUUGAGACUUUGGAUAUUCAGUUUUGGUCUUCUGAAUAUUCAUGUAGAGUUUGGACAUUCAGAAUUGGAUGUCUGAAUAUUAAUAUUGAUAGAGAGCUUGGACAUUCAGUUUUGGAACGCUAUCUUUCGUGAUCUGCAACCACAGUCUUUCAGUGAUUUCGGUGACAUUUCUGUGAUAACUAUUUUGAGAAGACAUUUGAUUUUUUAAAAAUAUUUUUUAGUACAUUUGACUUCUAUAAAGAAUCCACAUAUAUUGAAGAACACAUACUUAGGUCAUUAUGAUAUUUGUGUUGCAUUUCACAAGUUUUUUAAAACUCUUUCUCAUAAUUAUGUGCCAAACGCUUUUGUUGUUGUUCCUUAAUAUUAAAAUAUCUGCAUGUUUUUCAAUCGAUUAUGUUCGCUUUAUAUAUUUUUUUUUUCAUACAGAGUUUUAUAUUUGAUGAUAUACAUUU